AUGGAAGAAAAUGAAGCAAUCCUGAAUUCCAAUUUCAAGAUCAACAACAACAGUCCUUCGCCAGAAAAAAUAACAAGUUAUAUUUCAGAAUCGCCCUCAGCUAUAAUAGAAGUAGGAAGAGAUUCAAAUAAUUUAAAUUCAGAUAAUAACAAUUAUAAUAACGUUAAUGACGAAGAUGAUUUUAUGAAUUUAGUGAAUGAUUCAAUAAUUGCAAAUAUGAAUAUUUCAAUGAGGACUAUGACAAGAAAUUCCAAUAACAACAACAAUAAUAACCAAAACAAUAAUAAUCGACCUCAAGGAUAUCGAUUAUCAGCACCAGAUCCAUUCAGGCCAAACGACGAAUUAUUCAAUCACCCAAUCAAGCCAAGGCCGAAUUCACAAAUAAUUUUACCUACUUCGAUGAGUAGAUACAGCUCUGUUGUACUACCUAAAUCUGAUCAAGAAUUUCUUAUGCUGGCCAAAAUUUUAAAUUGGCCUCCUACUUCUCAUAAACGGGAUAAUAAUUCAAAUCAAACAUCAUCAUCGCAAAAUCUUCAUAAAAAAAUACUUCAUUCAUCAUCUUCACCAAAAUUAAAAAAUCGAUUUAACGAUAGUGAUAAUGAUAAUAAACCAGCGGGUAACUUGGUUAGUGACAGUGAAAUAAUUCUAGAGGCUUCAAAAUUUUCUGUAACCAGUGGUGACAUCAUAACAAAUAAUCCAUCAUCAUUAUCAACCGCAGCGUUUUUCAUAUUACCUCAUGAUCGUUAUUCAAUGUCAAAACAUUCAGAGCAAAACGACCAUUUUACGCAAAGUCAAGAUCAUUAUUCACAAAAUUCACUAAAACAAUCAUUAUCAUUCAUUUUACCAACACUUGAUUACGGAAUUGAAAUAUUCGAUCAAAUAACAUCUGACGAUGAUCCAAGAUUAAUAGUUUGGUCGAUAAUUUCAUCAUCAUCAAGAAGAAGAAACGAGGGGGAUUCUACCUUUUCAUCUUCUUCAUCUUCAUCUAACAAAUUCACAAUUAAAAAAAAAAAAAGUAACAUCAGCUCAAUUUCAAAUAUCACACCUACAUCAACUUUAAUAAAAUCUUCAUCACUCGAUCAAAGAAUUGUACAUGGUUUAAAACGUGUUAUAAAGAGAUUAAAAAAAAUUUAUUAUCCUAAACCAGGAUUAGAUCUAUCACGUUCUGAAAAAGAAGAUAACGAGGAAGGUAAUGAGGAUGAUAAAGAAGAAGGAUACAAGGAAGGUGAAAAAGAAGGUACGAGUGGUAGCAGUAGUAGUAAAAUAGUAAAAGGUAAGGAAAGUUUUAGCAGUAUAGGGAGUACUGGUAGUAUAGAAGGAAGAAGCUAUAUCUAUAAAAGUAAUUAUGAUUUUAUUGAAGAAGUUGAUGAAGAUGAUGAUAUAAUAAUAAAUAAACCACCGAGCAUUAAUCAGGGCAUUGAGAACAUUAUGUCAACCAUUUCACUAGAAAAAUUUCGGAAUAGUAGUAAUAGUUCAAGAAAAAAAAGAAGCAUGUCAUUUUCUGAAGCCUUUUGUGGUUAUGCUGAAGAUGACGAUGAAGAGGAAGAUGAUGACAAAAACACUGUUGGUGAAAAAAAGAAAAUUAACAAUAUUGGUCAUGAACAUGUUCUUGAUGAAGAAAUAGAAGAUAAUUUUGUGACGGAAAUUGGUGGAAAUGACCUUUCACAAAUUGAUCACGCUAUUGGAAUUGCUGGCAGAAGAAGAAAUUCAUCACCGGCAUAUAUUGGUGGUGGGCCAACUCCUGGCAACGUUAAUAUCCAUAGCGGUGGUAGAUCAUAUUGGACAAGAAAGAUGUCAAAUACAAUGGUCAGAUUAACAAAAGCACUAUCUAUAGCCGAUAAAAAUAAAAGUCCAACCGCAGUUUUUGUGGCACUAACUGGUAUAAAAAUGUUAUGUGCUACCUCACCUGAUGAAAUAAAUGAUGAUGAUAGCAGUGAUUCUGAUAAAGUUCAUAAUCCCGUCAAUAGCCCGAGCGGUUUUGAACGUGGCGAAAAUACUGGUUCUAUUGGUCACGGUAGCACUAUAGAUGACUUUUUUCAUAUUGAUGGAUUUUCGUAUGUUGAUGAAUCGAUUGAAGAUGAAGACUUUGAUAGGUUGCGACAAGAAGAUUUAGAUGAAGAAGGUCAAUUUGGAGACAUUGUAGCUUCAGGUUCUAGUUCUACUACACCUAUCACCGAUUCAAAAAACAUUUACCAUCAUCCACAUCCCACCACUGCUACUAGUAUAAUAGUUACCACUCCACCAACUGCAACAGCGAUGAUACUUAAUUUACGCUCUGCCACAACCCUUAAAGAUUUAGAAGAAGAAAAAUCCACUAAAAGAGUUUCUUGGAGUACAAUGUCUUCGGUUGGUGGUGUUGAAGAACUUCACAAUAAUAGUGGAAGUAAUAACCAUAAUGUUGGAAGCAGUAGCAAAAGUAACGAUAAUACCAAUAACGAUAUUCUGCCACCAAAUAUAUCAAAUUUAAAAAUAAUUUCUCAAAGUUUUAAAUUUGGUUCAUCAAAUCGUAGUGGAGGCGGUGGCGAUCUUGUCACACCCACUACUCCUAAUAUUAAGGAUGAUAAUAACUCAACUAGUAUCAAUUCUAGAAGUCAUCCGCAUCAUCGUCAUCAACAGCAAAAUGAGCAAUCAUACAAGUCUUUUAUAUUAAUGUACAGAUCUGAUGCGAUAGCAAAACAAUUUUGUUUAAUUGAAUGUGAUUUAUUGUUAAAAGUGAAAUGGGAAGAUUUAAUUCAAGUUGGUUAUAGUAAUAGUAAUGAUAAUAGUAAUAAAGAUAAUGUUGGUGGAGAUAAAAAAGAUGCAAAGGGCAAAAGAAAGGAGGCAGAAUAUGAAGAAUCUGGAAUGGAGAGGAAUGAGGGAAAGCAAGUGGAGGAUGAACAACAAGAAGAAUUAACUCCACGACAAAAAUUAAGCCUUCAACAAAAAGAAAACGGCGUUGAUAAAGUUGUCGAAAGAUUUCGUUUGACAUGUGAUUGGGUCGCAACAGAAGUUAUUUUAACAAGAUCUUUGGAAGAUCGAGUAAAAGUGAUAGAAAAAUUUAUACAUAUUGCUCAGAAAUGUCUAAAGCUUUCAAAUUUUUCGACAUUAACACAAAUCCUUCUCGGAUUACGAUCACCACCUGUUGAGCGAUUAAGACGAACAUGGAGUCGUGUCAGAUCAGCCGAAUUGAAGAUUCUGAAAGAAUUAAACGAAUAUAUUUCACCAUUCGGAAAUUGGAAAGUUAUUAGAGAUGCAAUGCACUUGGUUUUUAAUGCUGCAAUUCCAUCAUACAUCGAUCCACCAACAACAAAUACACCUUCUUCCUCUCUACCAUUCCAACUUUCAUCAUCAUUACCACCUUCAUCACCUUCAUCCUCAUUAUCCUCAAUAGCAUCAUCAACUCCCUCAACACCAUUAUCACACUUGACAAAUCAACAAAAUCAACAAUUUCCUCCUCCUUUAUCACCAAAGCCACAACAACCAUUGAAACCAUUAGUCAAUUUCCAUAAACAUCGUACAACUGCAACAAUUAUUAAACGCGUUCUAACAUUUCAAAGUUUAGCUCAACAAGCAACUAGAUUGGUAGUAAUGGAUAUGGAUCUUGAUGAAUAUGUGUAG